AUGGCGGAGGCCAUAGGCGAUGCUAACGCUUCAGAAGUUGACGACGUGGAACAAGAAACGCCAAGAAGAGAAACGGACCAAAUCGGGUCAAAUACCAACCAUGUACGGAAGAAACACGUUAGGAUCGUUCUACCAACAGAAGUUGACGACCCUGACCUUAGAAAUACAGUGGAACAAGAUAAGGACCAUGCUGUGGAGAAAGACACUAGCCCACGGAGAAAAGGUAAGAAACACCUCCGACCUUUACAGAACUACCUGCGCUCCAGUCGGGACAGGUGGUUAAAACUUCUGCCUGCGAUUCCCGAGAUUUCGUCCACAAAGGAACCGCCCGAAUCCUACGAGGAAGUGACAAAAGCGAUCAAAACAGCUCUACAGAAAUGCGACGGUCUCAUUAUCAGAGUUCCUUACCUAGCUACAGACGUCAGCUAUCUACAGACAGUAGAAGAGUCUCUCUUAAGCCUUAAAGAUGCGUCGAAUGUGGGCAUCUUGGCUGAUUUCAAGACGCUUCAGAAACUGGUCACAAUGAAACGAUCUAAACAACAAUAUGAAAAGGAGGGUGACGUAUUGGUAGAGUUUGAAGCGAUGUCCAACAGUGCAAUGCAGCAGCUAGAGAAAGUUCUAAGAAUCCUGAAGGACGAAGUGCUCUUCUUUCUCAGAACGUUUUGUACAGGGGAAAGGGAGCAAGAAAAAUGUCAAGAAACCUUAGAAAAGAAUGUUGACGGAAUCCAAGGUCUUUUGAAUAGCAGAAUGAGCGAAGUGGAUCCGAAUGUAUUCAGUUAUGGUCAGUUGUCUUGUCAGGUAGCGAUAGAUGUGGUCAACUGGAAAAACUUUCCAGUUUUGCGGGUGAUACCUGAUAUUGUGGACAGGUGCUACGAUGCAAUAAGACAAGCCAACACGUGGCUAACGCACGACUCGGAGUACGUGUCUAGACUCAACAGGAGAACCGAAGAAAGCCGACGGACCGUGAGUGACAUCCGAACCCGGAUUAUCAUAACAAAUCUCCAGCGAAACGUGCUAGAGAACUCGUCCAGAAACGUCAACAGAGAGAUACGGCAGAGAAGCAGGCGACUGCACCAGGUGCAAAGGGAGGUAAAACAACUCGAAGAUGAAAAGGCGAGCAGAGAAACACAAUUGGGCGACACGAAACCAUCAACAAACUUGACAAAGACGCACAGCGUGACCUCUAACCCUGGGAACGUGACCUCAAAAUGGCGGAUCGAGGAAGAGCUCAGAAAUCUCAACAUGGAACUUUCAAAGAGAAAAAUCCGUCUCCAGGAUGCAGAAUUCAGUCUAGAAGAAUACUUGGUCAGUCAUGGACAAGAUCAAGCAUACUUACAAUCACAGCUUAGGAAAAAUGAUGAAAAAUCUGACGCACUACGCAAGGAAUUAGCCGAGGCGUUUGAGAAACUAGCUUCUUGGGAAUCUCUAUUGCAAGAGAAGACGGGUCGGAGGAAAAUCGCUGAAAAAUUCUGGGCUGCCACCGACAAAACGUCUGGCCGCGAGAGUUAUGAAGAGCUGGAAAACGUCCUAGAAAUCCUCCAGGAAGAACUGGGACCAAAAUGGCGUCGGUUCGUCCGCCAUCUUCCCGGUCCCCGACAGGUGAUAGACGUCGACAUCGAGAGCAUCAAGUCGGCCCACCCCCUGUACCGGGAGGACCAGAUCUACCACGCGCUGGCGCUGUGGAGGAAGCGGAACCCGCAACACGCGAACGUGGACAGCAUUCUCACAGCGCUGGAGAAAUGUGGGCUUCUCGGCAUAAGAGAAAAGGCGCUAAGGGUGCUUGGGAGAAGACCGUAUGCUACAGUGUAGUUGCCUGGGCCAUACUAUCAUGGAUAGUUGAUAUAUGAGGAACGGACUACGUGUUGAUAGACAGUACUUAUAACUACUGCUGGGUGUAGAAGCAGGGAUAUAAAUUCUUCUCUGGUAUCAACUGUUAUCAAAUGUAGGAUUUACAAUGAAUGUUUCUAAACGAGAUAUCCAAUUUAAUGAAUGAAUUUUUGUACUUUUUAGAUAUGUUUACUUUAUACCGUGCCUACGCUUAUUUGUAUCUCAUAAAAAUAUGUAUUUUAACGGACUCCUAUAGUAGGAUUUGCUGUAUUGAGAC